UAAGCCAACAACAGUGAUAGAUCGAUUGAAUGGUUUGCUGACAAAGAAACGUCUUAUCCCUGACAGCCAAACCGGACCUCUAGAGGACGAAGACCUGAUCAAGCACUGGGCUGUAUGCCAAUUCAAAUUCCAGGAGGUUCGGCAGAAAACUGAAUGA